AUGUUCAAAUUUGGUUCUUCUGCGAGAGCUCUCAGCCGUGUGCCAUUCAGUCAUCGUCGUCGUUUUGCGGUCGGCUCCGGUCCCCAGACCAUCAACCAGAAAGAGCUUGAUGCAUGGAUCGCUGAACCAAAACAGUUCACUCUUUCGGAUACCUUACAUGCUGAACGUCUUUCGGAUCUUUUCAUAACUAUCCCUUCUCGGGAUGGAACUAGGAGCCCUUAUCACGAACCGAGAAAAGGUCAAAAGCUACCUCCUGGUUUUGAGAUUGCCUUCUUCCACUUCAGGACGCCUGAAUCUCAGCUUAGAACGGACGGCACUGAUGGAGAGUUUUGCCCACCGAACCCUUUCUCACGUCGAAUGUGGGCCAGUGGGAAGAUGUCUUGGGACACGAAUAAUCCGUUGUUAAUUGGAGAAAAGACGACAGCUACUUGGACAGUGGAUUCGGUUCAGAAAAAAGGGUUUGACGCUGGGAAACCAAUGUUGUUCGUCAAUAAGAAAAUUGAUUUCACUAUGGUCGGAAAGAGCACUCCUUCCCUUGUCGAAGAAAGGAUGCACGUAUAUCUACCUGACGCACAAGUACAAAGUCGCGUGUCUCGAGAGGUCAAAAACCUUCCUUCUUCUUCUGAUUUUUCUUUUACAUAUGUUCCUUCUCUAACAACAUUAUUUCGAUUUUCCGCCAUUAUGUGGAACGCCCAUCAUAUUCAUCUGGACAAGGACUACGCUAUCCAACAUGAAGGAUACCCUGAGCGACUUGUUCAUGGACCCUUGACUUCGCUCAUGUUGCUCGAAGCUGUCAUGCACCAUGCUCCUGCCUCUGUCAUCCGUACUUUUGAAUAUCGGGCGAGGAACCCGUUGAUCGUAGGGCGCGCUAAUACGAUACACGGCAAAUAUAACAGCGAUAAAUCCAUUCAGCUUUGGUGUGUAGACGAAGAUGGGGUAGUGGGUAUGACUGGCACAGUGGAAAUUGUAUAA